AAGAGAAACAGAAAGAGAAAGAAGAUUAAAGAAGAAGAAGAAGGAGACGAUGGACCAAGUGUCUGCGGAUCAAGUUUGACCCUCUCCUUCUUCCCUCUUCCUUUUCUCAAUUCCUCUUUCUCUCCCUUCUCAAAAACCCUCCCUUAAAUCAUCAUUUCUCACAACCCUCUUAACCAAUUCACAUUCCAAUUUUUCUUUCCUUUUCUUCAUUACCUUCAUUUUCUAAUUCAAAAAUUUGACGCAAAGAUCUUGAAUUUCGAAUACCCAAUUUAACGUAAUCGUUAUUCAAUUAUUCCACGUCAAUGGGUAAUUGUUGCGUAACGCCAUCGUCUGGUGGAAACAACAAGAAGGGAAGGAAGAAGCAGAAGCAGAGGGAAAACCAGUUCGAGGAUGGGCCGGGGAACAAGCUGGUGGUGCUGAAGAAGCCCACGGGCCGAGAGAUCGGGCUUAGGUACGAGCUGGGCCGGGAGCUUGGGAGAGGGGAAUUCGGGAUAACGUACCUUUGCAUGGAUAGGGAAACGAAGGAGCAGUUGGCGUGCAAAUCGAUAUCGAAGAAGAAGUUAAGAUCCGCUGUGGAUAUUGAUGAUGUGAGGAGGGAGGUUGAGAUCAUGAGACACAUACCUAAACACCCAAACAUCGUGACCUUGAAGGAUACCUAUGAGGAUGACAAUGAUGUCCAUCUUGUUAUGGAAUUGUGUGAAGGUGGGGAGCUUUUCGACCGGAUUGUCGCCCGCGGCCAUUACACCGAGCGCGCCGCCGCCUUCGUCACCAAGACCAUCGUUGAAGUUGUGCAAAUGUGCCACAAGCAUGGUGUGAUGCAUCGGGAUCUUAAACCUGAGAACUUUUUGUUUGGAAGCAAGAAGGAAACAGCACCUCUGAAGGCUAUUGACUUUGGAUUGUCAGUUUUCUUUAAACCAGGUGAAAGAUUUAAUGAGAUAGUUGGAAGUCCAUAUUACAUGGCUCCUGAGGUAUUAAGGCGGAAUUAUGGCCCUGAAGUAGAUAUCUGGAGUGCUGGAGUAAUUCUUUACAUCUUACUUUGUGGUGUCCCGCCAUUUUGGGCAGAAACUGAACAGGGAGUUGCCCAAGCAAUUAUACGAUCAGUAGUUGAUUUUAAAAGGGAGCCAUGGCCAAAGGUUUCAAAUAAUGCAAAAGACCUUGUGAAGAAGAUGCUUGAUCCUGACCCAAAGCGCCGGCUUACUGCACAGGAAGUGUUGGAUCAUCCGUGGUUACAGAAUGCAAAGAAAGCUCCUAAUGUUUCAUUAGGAGAAACUGUUAGAGCAAGGCUCAUGCAAUUUUCUGUAAUGAACAAGCUUAAGAAAAGAGCUUUGAGGGUGAUUGCAGAGCAUUUGUCAGUAGAAGAAGUUGCUGGAAUUAAAGAGGGAUUUCAGCUGAUGGAUACAGGAAAUAGAGGCAAGAUUAACAUUGAUGAGCUACGAGAAGGAUUGCAUAAGCUAGGCCACCAAGUUCCUGAAGGAGAUGUCCAAAUAAUUAUGGAAGCUGGUGAUUUAGAUAAAGAUGGGUACCUAGAUUAUGGAGAGUUUUUAGCCGUUUCUAUUCAUCUGAGAAAGAUGGGCAAUGAUGAACACCUUCACAAAGCCUUCCAAUUUUUUGAUCAGAACCAAAGUGGGUAUAUUGAAAUUGAAGAGUUACGUAAUGCCUUGGGUGAUGAGGUUGAUACGAACAGUGAAGAAGUCAUUAAUGCAAUCAUGCAUGAUGUGGACACAGAUAAGGAUGGAAGAAUAAGUUAUGAGGAAUUUGCUGCAAUGAUGAAAGCUGGCACAGAUUGGAGAAAAGCAUCAAGGCAGUAUUCGAGAGAGAGGUUUACUAGUCUAAGUCUGAAAUUGAUGAAGGACGGGUCGUUGGAAUCAAACAAUGAGAGUAGAUGACUUUAGAAAUGGCAUAUUUUACUUGUGGAAAGGCAAAUAUGAUAAAGGAGAAGUCAUCCUUUUUGCUUUUUCUUUCAUUGCAAUUCUUUUAUUUUAAUUUUUCUUAUAUCCUUUCGAGAAUCACCCAUUUUUGGGGUGAAAUUGGAUAUAGGCCUGAGCAGUGAUGUCUGAGUGAUUUUCUUCUUUUCUUUUGGUCCUUCUGGUUUGUUGAGGGUGUCAUGGGAGAAAGGCGAGGAUGGGAGGAUUGUACAAGACUUCAAAUUGUGACUGUAAAUAUUUUCAAAUAUUAUUAUAAUCAUUUUGCAUUUU